AUGAGAGAAGUUGAGGGAAAAAAUAACAACUAUGAAGAGAUCUAUGAAGAUGAGAUAUUUUUAACAGGCUAUAGUACCAAUUCUAGCGGAAAGAAGAGAAAAAUUGAAGUUAUGAAGGGAUUUGAUACAUCAGAAAGUAGUACUGAAGAAAACGAAAGCGAGACUGACAACGAGUCUCUAAGUGGAGAAUUUACAUUUCAUAAUCCAGAUGAACAAGACUACCAUAGCAUUAAGAAUUUGCUUGUUAAUACAGAAUAUGGCAAAAUAAAAGACUUUGAAUUAUACAGAUUUGUAGAUAUUAUCUGUAACCAAGGUAACAUUGGAACUACAGUAAAAAUUUCAGACAACCUUAUUGGCAUUUCAACAAUACUAAAUAUUCGUCAAUAUAAGAUAGUAAUGGAACAUCUUCUAAAAUAUUUGGAAGACAAAAUCAUAAAAAAAUAUGGUAACCCCCAAUUCGAAAAACUAUUUAAAUCUAUUGUAUAUAAGAAAAAUGUUGGUCUAAUGAUAAAUGAAAGAUUUGCAAAUAUACCAGACGAAGUUGUUCCUGUGCUGAGAAAUUGUUUAUUAGAAGAUAUUGAGUGGACAAAUAAUAACCUAAGUACUUUAGUACCUACAGGAGAACGUGAAUUUUAUGUAUGGGACUUCAUUUUAAUAUUUACUCGUCGUUUCAUAUUAAAAAAAGACAACAAUGAGACAUCUGCUAUGUACCCAAAAUAUGAAGAAGAAUUCAUAGUACAAAACUCAAGAUGCAUGAUUACUUGGCCAAGUGAAAAAACUCAAUGGUGUGGAACUGGAAAGAAAGGAGAGACAAAAUUGAUGAAUGAAGAAUAUGUAUUAGCAAUUUUGGAUUUUGAAUGUUUUAAAAGAAUAUCAUUGUAA